AUGCGUUCCACUCUCUUGGCUCUGCCCUUCAUUGGCAGCGCCCUUGCUGCUCGUCCUUUCGUCAAUGAGCCUGCCACUGGCAUCGAAGAGCUUUUUGACAGCCUCCCGGCUGGCAACCUGGUCCCUCUUAACCAAAUUGUCGCUCUCCACGACUUUGACUAUGCGGCCCGCAAAUUUCUGAUCCCUGCCAACUACACCUACUACCGCAACGGCGCUGGCGGCGAGUGGAGCUAUCGCAACAACCUCGAGGUCUUCCAGCGUUACAGGCUGCGCCCUCGCGUCAUGCUUGACGUCACUGGCGUUGAGGCGACUCUCCCUACCACGAUCCUGGGCUACAACUUCUCCGCCCCCUUCUUCAUCUGCCCGGCCUCGCGCGCCGCGAAUGGCAACCCGACCGAAGUCGAGCGUGGCCUCGUCGAGGGCGCCGCUGCUGGUGGCAUUCUCUACAACCAAGCUGGUUAUUCUGACCUGAGUGUCGAGGAGGUUGGCGAAAUUGCGGCCAAGAACAACCAGACUUUCUUCCGUCAGAUCUACCUCACGGGCAACGACACCACGGACAAGACCGCGUUCAACCGGGCCAAGGCCGCUGGUGCCAAGGCUAUCAUCUGGACUGUUGACUCGGCUGCCGAUGGAGUCCGCCACCGGGCUGCUCGCUACAGCAUGGGCUCGGCCAACGGUGGCUUCAGCCUACAGACCUGGGGCGAGUACAAGAAGUACAAGACCUGGACCGAUCUGCCCAUCGUCCUCAAGGGCAUUCAGACAGUCGAGGACGCCCAGGAGGCUGUCGCUAACGGCGCCGAUGCCAUUUGGCUGUCCAACCACGGCGGCCGCCAGGUUGACGGGUCGCCUUCAUCCCUCGAAGUCGCCCUCGAGAUCCACCAGGAGGCCCCCGAAGUCUUUAAGCAGAUUGAGGUCUACGCCGACGGUGGUGUCCGGUACGGCAGCGACGUGCUCAAGCUCCUUGCUCUUGGUGUCCGCGCCGUCGGCCUCGGCCGCCCAUUCAUGUACGCCAACGUCUAUGGCACUGAGGGUGUCAAGCACCUGAUCAAGUUGCUUAAGAAUGAGAUCAUCAACGAUGCCGGCAAUGCCGGUAUCGCUGACCUCCACAACAUCAGCCCCAGGGCGAUCAACUGGAACGUCAACCACUGGUACUCUUAG